AUGUCGGAUAUCGAGAAGACGCUCUCUAACCUGUCUCUACAAGAAAAGAUUCGUCUUUUGUCAGGCUUCGACUUCUGGCAUACGGCUGCUCUCCCUCACCAUCAAAUCCCAAAAAUCCGCUUCUCAGACGGCCGAAAUGGCAUUCAGGGGACGAGGUUCUUCGCCGGCGUUCCACAGCCUGUAUCCCCUGUGGCACGGCAUUAG